CGGCAGCGUCCGCCCGCGUUCCCCUCCCCGACCGGCAGAAUCCGGUCCACCCCCCUCGUCCCUUAAAACGCCCACCAUUCAUCCGUUUCCCACUGUCCCGUCCGUCCUCGGCCCUGCUCGGCUCCUCUGCUCCCCGUAUCAUCUCCCGUGCCUCGAGAAGGAGAGCAGGAGUGCGCGCGAGAGGGAGAGGGGACUCGGAGGAGGAUCCCGGCGGCAGCAAGCAUGGGGAUCGUGGAGGAGGCGCACAACCUGCGGGUGGUGGGCGAGGGGAAGCGGGGCGUCAUCGUGCUGGCGCACGGCUUCGGCACGGACCAGUCCGUGUGGAAGCACCUGGUGCCGCACCUCGUCGCCGACUACCGCGUCGUGCUCUUCGAUACCAUGGGCGCGGGGCCCACCAACCCGGACUACUUCGACUUCGGCCGCUACGCCACGCUCGAGGGCUACGCGCUCGACCUCCUCGCCAUCCUCCAGGAGCUCGGCGUCCAGUCCUGCAUCUACGUCGGCCACUCCGUCUCCGCCGUCAUCGGCUUGCUCGCGUCCAUCUCCAGGCCCGACCUCUUCACCAAGCUCGUGCUCCUCUCCGCCUCCCCGAGGUACCUGAAUGAUGUGGACUAUUAUGGAGGCUUUGAGCAAGAUGAGCUUGAUGAGCUCUUUGAGGCCAUUCGAUCAAACUACAAGGCAUGGUGCUCAGGUUUUGCACCACUAUGUGUUGGAGGGGACAUGGAAUCGGUGGCAGUUCAGGAGUUUAGCCGGACACUCUUCAACAUACGUCCAGACAUUGCACUUAGUGUUGCCCAGACGAUCUUCCAGAGUGAUGUGCGCAGCCUCCUUCCGCUCGUUAGUGUCCCAUGCCACAUCGUUCAGAGCACCAAGGAUCUUGCAGUGCCAGUCGUUGUGUCUGAGUACCUGCACAAGCACCUCGGCAGUGAUUCUAUUGUUGAGGUGAUGCCAUCUGAAGGCCAUCUCCCUCAGCUCAGCUCUCCAGACAUCGUCGUUCCUGUCUUGCUUCGACACAUUCAGCAUGAUAUUGCAGUCUAGGUUGGGCAACAAUUCCUCAAGACGAUGAGCAUCCGAAACUGUCUGCUGUCUAUUUUUAUCCCACUUAAUUGUUCAACGUAGGAUUUGCAUCUGUUUGAUGUUCUAAUAAGAUUUCCAUGGUGUUGUGAAGUGUUGGCGGUGGAAAUUGUAGUAUAUAUGUCUGUGUAAUCCAUUUGCCGUCUAAUGUAGGCUACCAUGUUGGAUGCUCUGACAUCUUUAAGUUCUUCAGAAACUCUUCAUGUCAUUUUGUUGUUUUCCCAUGAAACUGAGGCUGCUGCCCUGUUGUAUAUGUUGGCGUCUAUGACCAGUUUAGACUGAAGGAUAUGAUUCUGUAGUUUUAUGCUUCUUUGUGCAGUAGAUGGAUUGGAUCAAAUUACGAAGGGACUCCUUCCAGGCCUCCAAUAAACAAUGUAAAUGCAAAUUAUUCAA